UGAAACCAUAUAUUCAAAACUUAACGGCAAAUAAAAAAUUGUAAACACAAGUCUUAAUUAAACACAAAUAAAACUAUAAAAGCCAUGUAAAUCCGGAGCACACAAAGUUUAAUGUAGCACAUAAGUCUUGGGCUCUUGGCUAACAUAAGAAGUCAUAUAAGUCUACUAGCACACAUGACACAAUACAAAGUUUAAAACACAUAUUCAUAAUCACUUGCUCAUUAGAUCACUUAGCACGCAUAGACUAUUACAACCAAGACUUAUUUGCUCACAUCUCUCAACAAACAUAAGACAUAUUGCUCAUGGAGAGGAGCCACUUGCUAUAUCUUCAUUCCGCGGACAGCAGGUGGUCUGUGGUCAGCAGUGGAGAGCAGAGCCGUGGACAGCAGAGCUGUAGCCGUGGCCAGCAAUGGAGACUGGAGAGCAGAGGGAGCAAGCUUUUCUCGGCAAGCUUCUUCUCGGACGGCGGCGUGGUCAGCAGUGUUCAACGCAGCAAGCUUCUUCUCGGGCUGGUCUCGGACGGCGGCGUGUGGAGGCUGGCCGUCUGGGAGGGAGCCGCCGAGCCGUGGCCUCUGGACUCUGGAGGCUGGACCGGCACCGCUGCCCGCUGGAGAGAGCAGUUGAGCAGAGAGUAGGAGAGGACGGCGGCGUUUGCUACGGCUCACGGCUGGGAGACCAGAGAGCAGGAGGACGGCGGCGUUUGCUACUUUGCUACGGCUCACGCGCGGCUGAGAGAGAGCAGGAGAAUGGCGCAGGCGCCCAGCUGCCCGCUGGUCGCUGGAGCAGACGAGCAGUGAAGCUGUGGAGGGCGGACGACGGCGUUUGCUACGGCUGGGAGAGAGCAGAGAGAGGAGCGGACGGCGCUAGAAAGCGUGCAUCCAGAUCUAGUGUCCCCGUUCUGUUGUCCCCAUCCCCGUUCUUCUUUGUUUCUUUAUCUCCACGAUCUAGUAGGUCAUCUAUCCUCCAAGAUCCGCUCCAGUGUUAGCAGUGAGAGAUCUUGGUGGAAGCAAUGAAUACUUUGAGAAGAAAAAUGUAGCUGCAGUGCCUAUGUGAUAAGCUUAUGGAUUGUAGUUUUGUUCUCUCUCAAACACUAUUUUUCUUCCCUAUAUGUGUGGAUGGAGAUGACUAUCUUUUAUUAUCUGUAAAAAAUCGUUUUACUUUUUAUUAGCUUGGUUGGACAUUUGGUGCCUAAACUUUUUAUUAGUUUGGUUGGACAUUUGGUGCCUAUUGUGACAAGCUUAUGCAGUGCCUAUGUGACAGUUGUUGUUUUCUGUGAAACACGUUGUAUCAUGUUCUGGUUUCUGAAACCGUUGAAUCUGUAUAAACAAUCUGUUGUUUGAAACUGUUUGGUUG